AUGGAUUCGUUCAGUCUACCAGUCGAUAUUCCAGAUCUGAGAUCACAGCUUAAUCCCCUUCUGCAAGCGCUGAGUACGACACCUGUGUUCAGUAGUCUGAAGCCUUCGACUAUAGCGGAUGGCUUAGCUGCACUUCUUUUUCUUCUCACAUCACUGGGCUAUCUCGCUCGUGGUCGCAUUUGGGAUAAACCGGAUCCAAAUUACCAUAUAUAUUUCGAGAGGCCACAAGUCGCGGAGGGCUCUUCGGACGGAAAGACCACCACGACCCGCGAUGUUUGCCAACGCCUCGAUGAGGGCGGUUACCAUUGUGUCAUAUUCUGGGGCUCACAGUCUGGUACAUCAGAGCGACUUGCUGAAAACCUAGGUCGAGAGUGCGGCGCACGCUUCGGUAUAAACGCCCUGGUCGCAGACCUCUCCGAUUACGAUGCCGAAAGCAUUGCCAACAUCCAGAAGAAGUACUUCGCUAUCUUCAUCGUGAGCACAUAUGGCGAAGGCGAUCCUAGCGAUAACACAGCUGGUCUUUGGGAUUGGAUCAAGCGCGUUGGCGAAAAUAAGGUUCGACUUGAGAAUCUGCGAUAUCUGGCUUUCGGUCUUGGCAAUAGCAACUACAAGUACUACAACAGGGUCCUUGAUGUUGUGGCGGAUGCCCUUGACGCUGCUGGUGCUACUGCGCUUAUCCCACGCCAGAGGGCGGACGACGCCAACGGAGGAACAGAAGAAGACUACCAGACAUGGAAAGACGAUGUCUUCGCUCUGCUUACACGGAUGGGCUUCCAGGAGAAGGCUAUCACCUACGAGCCAAAUAUCGAAGUUGAUCUCGUCGCCUCGAGCCAUGAUUCCGAAGACCAUUCCGUCACGUCCGUACACCACCAACGAUCUAUCACCAACUCAGCCAUCGUCCCUUUGACCAUCAAGCACGCUCGUGAGUUGUUCACAUCGAGUGAUCGCAACUGCGUACAUCUGGAGGUAGAUCUGGGGACGACGGACAUCGUGUACAAAACCGGGGACCACAUCGGCGUUUGGCCAAUCAAUCCUGAAGAAGAAGUCAAUCGAUUGCUAGACGUCCUAGGCUUGCAAGACCGCAGACAGGACCGCCUCACUGUCAUACCCAAGACCCAUGCCAAUAAGCCAAAGGUACCGUCUCCAUCAACGCUCGAGACAGCUUUUCGGAAUCAUCUGGAAAUUUGCGCUCCCGUAGCUCGUAAGGCAGUGCUCGAAAUCGCUCAGUUUGCGCCCUCACCUGGAGCGAAGUCGAAGCUUCUCGAUAUCGCCCAGGAUCGUGAGCGUUAUGAACGGCUUACGGCUUCUACACACAUCACUUUCGCUAGGUUGCUCAAGUUCGUCAGUCCCGGGGAUGCGUGGAGGUCGAUACCGCUCGCCUUUGUCCUAGAGAACUUGCUACCACUACAGCCACGGUACUACUCCAUCUCAUCAAGCUCUGUCAUAUCACCACGGCGAAUUGCCAUCACUGCACUCGUCGUGAACAAGACUAUUACCGCUGAAGAUCAGUCGACAGCCAUCAUCCAUGGACUGACAUCCAAUUACCUGUUAUCAGCCUCCAACCUUCAGUCGGCUGCGAAUGCGCCCGUUCCUGUCUAUCAUCGUACAGUCGAAAGUGUAGACCUUCAGGGUCAAACAAUCCUCGCGCACGUUAGGAAAUCGAAGUUCAAACUUCCCAUCACAUCAUCGACUCAACUGGUCUUGAUCAGCGCAGGUACUGGAUUCGCACCAUUUCGCGCUUUCCUCCAAGAACGCGCGAAAUUGCAUGCGAUUGGUAAACCCGUCGGCAAGAUGUUGUUGUUCUUCGGUUGCCGCAAUCAGAAGGACUAUAUCUACCAAGACGAGUUGGUAAAGAUGCAGGAACAACUAGGCGACAAGCUAGAAAUCGUCACUGCGUUUUCACGAAUGCAGGGGCAACCCAGAACGUAUGUGCAGGACAGGGUUGCGGAGCGAGCUGGCAAUGUGCUGGAGAUGUUAGAGUCAGGGGCAAACAUGUACAUUUGCGGUAAGGCGAGCAUGGCGCGAGAGGUAGACAUGAAGCUGGAGGAAGCUGUCAUGGAGAAGAAAGGCUUGGCUGAGCAGUUUACAAUGGAUGUCGCGCUGGAGUUUCUCAAUCCUCUUGUUUUGGACAAGGCCUACGCAUGGGCAUUGCCUGCUUCCGACCUCAGCUUAGGGAACUCCUCAUACUCUGAGUUUUCGGCCGCUAACGACGCGCCCACGUCCCAAUGGCCACGCGACAACAUCUAUCGCCAGAUCGUAUCGAUACUCAUCAUCACUCAGCUCGGCGCAACUCUUCUCUACCUCUUCUUCAGUUCUCUGUCGUAUUAUUUUGUAUUUGAUCGACGACUCGAGUACCAUCCUCGUUUUUUGAAGAACCAAGUCCGUCAAGAGAUAGUGUCCUCACUCUCCGCCGUCCCAUUCAUCAACCUUUUGACCCUGCCUAUCUUCCUGGCCGAGGUCCGUGGCAAAAGCUUGCUAUACGCCGACACCAGUGACUAUGGCUGGCCUUGGUUGUUGAUUUCAGCUACACUUUACAUGGCCUUCAAUGAUUUUGCCAUCUACUGGAUCCACCGCCUGGAACAUCACCCCAGUGUGUACAAAUACAUCCACAAGCCACACCACAAAUGGAUUGUUCCUACGCCAUGGGCUGCGCUAGCCUUUCACCCGCUCGACGGAUUUGUGCAAUCAUUGCCGUACCACCUUUUUGUCUUCAUAUGUCCAAUGCAGAGGUACCUAUACUUGGUCCUCUUCGUUGGUGUCCAGAUUUGGACCAUCUUCAUUCACGACGGCGACAUGAUCACGGGCCACUGGACGGAAAAGUUUAUUAACAGUCCCGCCCACCACACAUUGCACCACAUGUACUUCACAGUCAAUUACGGGCAGUACUUUACCUUUGCCGACACUUACUUUGGCUCUCAUAGGGCGCCGCAACCAGAGUUGGACCCUAUUCAUGAUGCCCUCAAGGUUAUGCGGGCGAAGGGACUUGUGGAUGAGCAGGGCAACCCUAUCAAACACCCCAAAAGCGAAUAG